AUGCGGCCCGUGGUUUCUGAUACCUUUCUACCACGACCCCGCAAAUCCCCACCACCAGCGGGACCAGAGGACGAAUUCCGCCCCAUGUCCUCUGAGACCUUUUUCCUAGCUCGAGAUAGCGAUAUACAAGAUUCUCAAGCUGCGUCCGCAGACGAUGAAGGGGAUGGGACAUAUGGGGUGCAGAGUCUCGAAGAAUCCACAGCUGACAAUUCCUCAAAAUGGCAGGCUUCUCAACCUGAGGGAGAAAUAAGUGAUACGUCACCUCUCCACACCCUUGCGAAGAUAGAAACAACGAUUAAAGCUGCCGAGACUGAUGAUGGAGAUCGAGAAGGACGGAGUCCGUCGCCUUUUAAACAUAAACACAUCAGAACGCCGCCAAAUGUUCCUACAUCUUGCCCCCUAACGCCCUUCUUACUUGGGUCGCCGGAAGAGCCCGUCUCCCUUCCAGACAGCCCCAAGUCAACCUCGACACGAUCCUUCCUACCGACCAAUGAAAUAUCCAUGCCGUAUGCGGGAACUGACCCCAGAGGGACGGUGGAAAAUGACGGCGAUAACAGUCUCAGUUCUUCUGGGGUUCAGGAUAGUACGCAACUGAUAAUGCCAAGUAUCAAAAUGCCCAGUCGGAGGCCCUUUACUGAAACGGGGAAAUCUAUGGGCAGGUUCAAGAUUCUCCUGGCUGGCAAUUCUGGUUGUGGGAAAACAUCUCUUAUAAAAUCUAUAGUUCAAGUGGUCGAAGAUAUAGUACACGUUGAUCCGUUCCCUCGUGGGCCCUCUCGGAUUAGAACCAACAAAUCGAGUCCGAAACGAUCGCAUAGAUCUCACCACGUACGAGAGGCUACCUCGAUAGCAGAGGUUUAUGCCAGCACUAAGCCUUAUCCACCGUGGUGGUCAGAUCUGGAAGAUUCAAGAGUCCUUCGAAGGCGGAAAAGUAUGGGAGACUUGGUAUUGGAAAGAAACUUGUGCUUUGUUGACACAUCCUGUGGAAAGCUGGGUCUUGAAGAUCAGGCAGAAUGUAUCAUACAGUAUAUCAGCCGGCAGUUCCAGAGGUCUGUAAACGCGCUGGAUUCAUUCAACACUGAUUUCCAGGGCCUUUUGAGUGGAAAUGGUGGCUCCCAGGUGGAUGCCAUCUUAUAUCUUGUCUCCGAAGGUCGGUAUUCGAUGUCCGCGGACAUAUCAUGCAUAAAGAAGCUGUCCAAGGUCGCCAAUGUUAUCCCUCUGAUCUCUAAGGCUGACCUUCUCAGCAAAAGCCAAAUUCAAUCCCUAAAACGAUCUUUCCACUCCCAGGCGUGCGGUGCGGGCGUUCAACCGUUUUUGUUUGGUGAUCUCGCUGGCAGUAUCGGCGAUGAAGAAACUAUCCCAGCCUUACCAUUUGCUGUUUCUUCUGCGAAUUCCAAUGAAGAUGACACCAUGGAUGCAAGUCUGUUGAUGAGUCCUGAUUAUAUGCAGCCAUUAGCCCCGUCGGAGCUAAAUUUGCUCUUGGGAAAGCUGUUUGACCGGGAUAACAUAGCCUGGCUGCGACAUCUGGCCGCGAAGAAGCUGAUACAAGCAUGUGAUUUGCAUGUGAUUUCCCCUGCGCGUCAACGUCUACAAGGAUCUUUGAUCUCCAGACCUGCUGGAAUCACUUCGAACCCAUCUCAAUCUACAUCGCCCCUCUCAUCCGUCUCCCCGUCGCAGGUCCUUGUUCCAUACCCAGGUGUUGACAAUGGUCCACCAUCGUAUCUCAUGUCUCGCGUGGCCGAUCAUACCCAGCGGGAGGAGCACCUUGCCCAGAUCCGACUUGCAAAAUGGGCAUCGGACUUGCAAAAAAGUCUCCAAAACGAACGAGAGCGAUACGAAUCUCUAGCCCGUAGCGAGCGGGCUGUCUGGCUAACAGAACGAUUGGGCGAAUGUGUUGCGGACGGUACACUCCUCCCCAUAAUCCAAACUCCAGGCUUCUCUCAUAUGCAAGCACCGCGGGGGCUAAAAGGCCACGGUAGCGGGGGCAGAGAGACCGUGACAAUCCCGGGACCCGAUGGCCGACCUGUUAAGUAUCGGGUUGCGGAUAUGAGUUCAUCGGGGGAUCCUCUGGGCCUGAUACGGUGGAAGGACGGUAUGAAGCGGACGGGCUGGGUAGUGAUACAGAUUAUUGGAAGUAUGGGGGUAGUUGGUGGACUUGCGCUGUGGGUUGCUAAGGCGUGGGGACUCCCCUCAUCUCAGGGGUUUGCGGAAUGGAAUUUUGGGCCGUUUAGCGGUGACUGA